CCCACGCCCUCGGGGCUAAGAUCACCUCUUCCGUGUUUUUGGCUGAGCGAGCUGCUGGCUGGGAGUGUGCGACAGGCCCUGCCGGGAGUCAGCUGAGAUUUUCAUGCCAGGUAUGAUGAAGCAGAGGCCAAUGGAAAACUGAAGAAUGUCUGCUAUGUACAGAGGCCAUUGAAACACUUCCUGCAGCUGGAAGACAGCAGCCCCCUGACAGGAGCAUUAUUGCAUUUGGAAUUUCAAGUUUACAGAGGGUCUGCUUUGCAAAGUUGGGCAGACCUAUAGGUGAUGCAGUGACAGCUCUGAAAGCUGCAUAUGAUCCCAGAAUCAGAACCGAGGAAGAAUAUGGGCCUGAAGCUAGACCUUUUGCUCCUGGGAAUCUUACCAUCCCAGCCCUGUUUGAGGCCUGUUGUGACUCACCACCCCUCUGGCACCUUAGUGGGCCUCAAGCUGCUUUCACUGUAGUUGAUUUCAAAAACAACUCUCCUUCAACAAGUUCUGUUUCCAAGGAAAGUCUUAACCAUUUGUCCCUUCUGGCGCACCCUCUUCCAUUGAAAUCCAUGCAGAAUAGACCAGAGAUGGGCAGCAGUGAACCCGUUCCCAUUGCAGAAAGUGACAAGAGGAAGAAGAAGAAGCGGAAGGCCCGGGCCACUGACUCCUUGCCAGGAAAGUUUGAAGAUACGUACAAACUGACCUCUGAGCUGCUUGGAGAGGGAGCCUAUGCCAAAGUUCAGGGUGCCGUGAGCCUGCAGAAUGGCAAGGAGUAUGCUGUCAAAAUCAUUGAAAAACAUGCAGGACACAGUCGGAGUAGGGUAUUUCGGGAGGUGGAGACGCUGUAUCAGUGUCAAGGAAACAAGAACAUUCUGGAGCUGAUUGAGUUCUUUGAAGACGACACAAGGUUUUACUUGGUCUUUGAGAAAUUGCAAGGAGGCUCCAUCCUGACCCACAUCCAGAAGCAGAAGCACUUCAACGAGCGAGAAGCCAGCCGAGUGGUGCAGGAUGUCGCUGCAGCCCUUGACUUCCUGCAUACCAAAGGCAUUGCUCACCGUGAUCUGAAGCCAGAAAAUAUAUUGUGUGAAUCUCCAGAAAAGGUGUCUCCGGUGAAAAUCUGUGACUUUGACUUGGGCAGUGGGGUGAAACUGAACAACUCCUGCACCCCCAUAACCACACCAGAGCUGACCACUCCAUGUGGCUCUGCAGAAUAUAUGGCCCCUGAGGUGGUAGAAGUCUUCACGGAUGAGGCCACUUUUUACGACAAGCGCUGUGACCUGUGGAGCCUGGGUGUGGUCCUCUACAUCAUGCUGAGUGGCUACCCGCCCUUUGUGGGUCACUGCGGAGCCGACUGUGGCUGGGACCGGGGAGAGGUCUGCACAGUGUGCCAGAACAAGCUGUUUGAGAGCAUCCAGGAAGGCAAGUAUGAGUUUCCUGACAAGGACUGGGCUCAUAUCUCCAACGAGGCCAAAGACCUCAUCUCCAAGCUCCUGGUUCGAGACGCGAAACAGAGACUGAGUGCCGCCCAAGUUCUGCAGCACCCGUGGGUGCAGGGGGUCUGGCUCCCUCUCUUCUCUUCUUCCACCUGGAUGGCUUCCCCUGCCCCAGCAUCUUUAAGAUCCCGCCUUAGGCUAUUUGCAGGAGGAAAACCUGUUUUGUGGAUCCACAUGAAUCCUAACUGGAAAUCACUAUUUACAGCCCGAAGCAUACCAAGAAAUAGCAGCACAAUGGACCUGACGCUCUUUGCGGCCGAGGCCAUCGCCCUUAACCGCCAGCUGUCUCAGCACGAGGAGAAUGAACUGGCGAAGGAGUCAGAGGUGCUGGCUGAGGGCCUCUGCUCCGUGAAGCUUUCCCCUCCCUCCAACUCACGCCUGGCCCGCCGGAGGGCGCUGGCCCAGGCAGGCCGCAGUGGAGACACGCAACCGAGCCCGACACCCACAGCGCUCUGACCCACUCCGGGCCCCAGGCCUUGCCCCGCUGGAAACCUGUGAGGGGCCUGCUCUGCGGCUCCAUCCAGGCCUUUUCAUCCACAGAGGCUCUCGUCCUCCUUUCACCAGAGUCCUCAAGGAAAAAGCUUUUUCCGAAGGGGUUGUCUUUGAAAGGGAAACUAUCACUUGUCACUUUGCAUAAUCGCCUGCGGCAGGGACAUCUCUUUACUGGGCUCCUGCCCACCUGCUCACCCGCCUGCGGAUCGAGGAUCCAGCCCGCUCUCACUGGCUGGGGCUGCGGCCUUCAGGGAGCCAGCCUUGAGAAGCGUCAGUUGACAGAGGCUCUUCCCUCUCUCUGCACUGUCACCCCCCUCUGGCGGUCCUUCCACCUUCCUCUGUCCUCCGGACGUCCUCCCCCUUGGCUGAGCGAAGCCAUCCCCUCAAUUCAGGGAAGGGCAGGGAGCCUUCUGCAUUCAGGAAGCCAGAUCAGUCUUCCAGUCGAUAGCGCAGAGAAGCACAUAAUCUUUCUUUGCCAUGACCAAAAUGUGUCCGUCAUUUAUCAUCCUCUUCCUUGUUUGGGAUUGCUGCUAAAGUCAGUAUUAUUUCGUGUUUUUACAAUAUUUGGCAUUUUUUCUAACCGUGCUCUUCCGACAAAGAUGAGACUUUAAACUCCCACUGUGAGCCCAUGGACUUUCCAGAGCUCUUAGGGUUCACUCUUCUCUCCUGAAUUUCCAUGCAUUUGGAAGGUUUUAAUGAGCUAUUUCCUAUUACUCUAACUGGUUUUAAGCUGUUCAGAUGAUGAGUGACUUAGAGACCAGUGUGUCUGCUGCUUCCUUCCUCGAGCCCGGUGUGGAGGGCAGCGCAGGUCUGGGGCACUGAGGAGCUCUGUGCCUGAUGUGGAGCCAGUCCGGAGGCUGCCCAGCCACCCUGGUCUGAGCCAUGUGGUGCCUUCUGCUGGGGAGCUGAUAGCUGAGCAUCAGCCGAGCUGCUUAGUUAUCUAAGAAAAUCGAUUUGCAUAUGUCAGAUGUUUUUACAACACAAGGAUGCUAUUAUGCAUUGUGCUUAUUUUAAUAAAACUGUUUUAAAUUCUA